AUGGCUGAGACGACGGAAGGACAAGAUAAGGUAUUGGCCACGGCCCAGCGCAUCGUACAGAGCCUCCAUAACACUUCCGACACCGACGACAUGCUUCUUAUCCUCUCGGCGUUUGAUAACCGUCUCUCCACGCUAUCCUCCUUUGUAUCGUCGGAUGACUCUUCAUCGGGUGCCCAAAGGUCUGCCGCUUCCGCCGUGGACCCCUGCUUCGAGGCUGCCGAGCAGAUCGUUUUGAACGAGGCGGAUACGUCGUCUUUAACCGAUGAUUACCUUGCCGCUGUUGAUGACUUAAUUCAAUCGACUGAGGAAAUGAAUUUGAAUUAUCGAGAUGGGGAACUUCAGGAUGGGUUCCAAGCGGCUGGGCCCAGAUGUGACGUCAUGGACCGGGCAGAGAACGCGUUGCAUGUGGCAAUGAUGCGUCUGGAGGAUGAGUUCCGGCACAUUCUCAUCCGAAACACGGUGCCUCUGGACCCGGAGCGGGUCCACCGCUCUUCUCAUUCUUCGUCGACCGUAGCCAUUGCGGCCUCUGAUUUUUUUGAUGAUAACGAAAGCCUGGGUGAUGUCAGUAGUGCGCGGUGCAGCCACCAACGCCGUUGCCGGGGUGUGAGUUUUGGGGGAGAUGAUGUGUCCCUCGAUUUGAUACACCAGGAUGCUGCAAUUGAUUUGAGACAGAUCGCGGAUCGCAUGAUCCGAUCGGGAUAUGAAAAGGAAUGCUGCCAGGUCUAUUGUACUGUCCGCCGCGAUGUUCUUGAUGCAUGUAUGGUGAUUCUUGGGGUAGAAAAAUUGAGCAUUGAGGAGGUCCAGAGGGUUGAGUGGCGUUUGCUGGAUGAUAAAAUUAAGAAAUGGAUUCAAGCAGUUAAAGUAAUUGCUCGGGGUCUUUUGCCGAGUGAAAAAGACCUCUGCGAGCAGAUAUUUAGUGGGUCUGAUUUGAUCAAGGAAGUUUGCUUUUUGGAGACAGCAAAGGCCUGCGUAAUGCAGUUGUUGAAUUUUGGAGAGGCUGUCGCCAUUGGGAGGAGGUCCUCAGAGAAACUGUUUAGGAUUCUCGAUAUGUAUGAUGCAUUGGCCGGGGUUUUUCCAGACUUGCAGUCACUAUUUAUGGACGAAGAGGUAGGUGACAUGGUAAGUAGCGAGGCCAAAGGUGUACUGGAUAGUUUGGGUGAGGCUGCCAUUGGGACUUUUGUGGAGUUUGAGAAUGCAGUUCAGGCAGAGUCUUCUAGGAAGACAUUGCAGAAUGGUGAAAUUCACCCACUCACUCGAUAUGUUAUGAAUUAUGUUAAGUUGCUAUUGGAUUAUAGCGAUACUCUCAAUGCAGUUUUGGAGAACGCGGAGGAUGAGUUAAGACAGGUGAAGAGCAGGAACUCGGACAAUUCAGAGAUGAAAAGCAUGUCCCUGAUAGGUCAGCGCCUGUUGGCAUUGAUUAAGUCUUUGGAAUCAAAUCUUGAAGAGAAAUCGAGAAUGUAUGAGGGUACAGCAAUGCAGUAUAUAUUUUUAUUGAAUAAUAUACUGUAUAUCGUACAGAAAGUGAAAGACUCUGAGCUCCAAAACCUUUUGGGAGACAACUGGGUUAAAAAGCGACGGGGUCAGAUUCGGCAGUAUGCUACACAAUAUCUUAGGUCAUCAUGGAGCAAGGCCUUAUCUUGCUUGAAGGAUGAAGGAAUUGGGGGGAGUUCAAGUAAUGCAUCAAAGGUGGCUCUGAAGGAUAGGUUUAAGAAUUUUAAUGCACGUUUUGAAGAUAUCUAUAGGAUUCAGACGGCUUGGAAGGUCCCAGAUCCUCAGCUUCGUGAAGAGCUCCGGUUAUCCAUUUCGGAAAAAGUGUUACCAGCUUAUCGCUCAUUUCUGGGUAGGGACACCCCUUAUUCUGCACCAUAUGAGACGAAAAAGUACAUAGAAUGCAAGAUUGGAAACCGAUAUUUUCAAGUCUGA